AUGCCAUCCAUUCAUCCAUCUUUCUUCUUUCCACUCUGUUGGUUGCCUUCUCCUGUCCACGAUCAUUAUUUUAAUACUUCUCAUGAAUGUAAAUCAAGUGCAAGAAUUCAACUUCAUCAAUUGUAUUGUUCUCAAUUGAAUGAAUUGAGGGAAUUAAAACAAAAAGCGCAGAAAGUACUUGAUUAUUGUGACGAUGAUUCCGAUGUAGUGAUGAAAGAUCAAGCAAGCACUGGUAAUUCAAAUCAAAUGUCAUCGACUACUGGUCAAGGACUUGCUAGAAAUUUAGGUGUAAAUUCAAUACACGAGAGAAAACAACCUUCUUUCAAUGAUGAGGAUUUUGUUUCUCUCCAGGAAUUCCUUAACAAAUCUAAUAAUGAAAUGACUUGGGAAGAAAUUCAGAAAAUGAAACAAUCAGAAUCAAUUUCUGUUAAUAUACUUUCGAAUCAAAGUGGUGGUGCAACAAAUGGAAGUAGACAUAACCAUCAUGGUGGACAUGUGGCUCAAGAGAGAUCGACAGCACAUCAAAAUCACCACCAUGGUCACCAUCACCACAACAAGUCACACACUUUACCUUCAACAGAUUGGGUUCAGAAUGUGAAAAUUAUCGAAAAGGAAAUGAAAUGGGCUGCCAGAUAUCAACCUCAUCGAAUUCCAAUGGAAAGAGGUAAUUGGCUCAAGUUAGAUACUCUUCUCUUGAGAGAAAGAGAGGAAAAUACUCAAUUGGUUCAAAAUCAAUCUUCCAAAUCUUCAACUUCCUCACAAGAUUUUGAGAAUGGAAAACGUGGUCAGCUGGAAACCUCUCCAGAAACAUGCACAGGUUUUAAGAAGAAUUUCCAAAUGGCUUUAAGAUUAAUUGAGAGUGAGAAUGAGUUGGCUGUCGAUCAAUUCGAUUUGGUAGUUCAACUCUGUACCAAGAUGAUCUAUUCUGUUGUAACUCAAUCUCCAUUGUGUUGUUCAAAGUGGGAAUUGGAGAAUGAGCUCAAUUCAGUUUCGAAUGGAACAGAAAAGAAGUGCGCCAAUAACAACUUGUCUCCUCACAUGUUGGGCAGAAUUCACAAGACCAUUCUCCGUAAAUCUGAAGAAAUCUAUUGGAGAAAGUUCAUUGAAAUUAUCUUCCUCAAAUUGAUUGUAGAUCCAAAGUGUAUUGUUGUUGGCUUGUCAUAUUUCGAAAAGGUUAUUUCAUUGUUGGAGAAUGAACGAGUUUCUUCUCCACUUUUGAAAGGUCAGCACGAUGGAUCCAAUAAGGAUCAUUCAUUAAGGAAUUCCUUCAAUAGGAAUGAAUUGAAAACAAUCAUGUGUAUUUGUGUCAUGUUGUCCAGUAAAAUGUAUGAUGAGGACAAUUAUUGGAAGAGCAAGACUUAUUUCAAAUUAUUCAGUAGUCUUUGUAGAAAGAGAGAAGAUCACAAGAGAAUUACAUUCAAAGAAUUCAAUCAAUUAGAAGUUGAAAUCCUCAAUGUGCUCCAGUUUGAUCUCACUCUCGAUAUGGAUGCUUUUGGAAGAAGAAUUGUACAAAGAUUCCUCAAAGUCCACUUUGAUGAAGAAAGUGCUCUCCUAAUGAUCUAA